UGGUAUAUACUGUAUGCGCACAAAUACCAGCUGGCUGGCCCAAAGAAACAGCAUUGCCAUCGGCGCCCUACUAUUUUUACAACCAUCAAGUGAUGUCGACUCAACCAAAGGCGCACGCUAUUUAUCAAAAUGAUCCAUUUUUGCCGCAACGUGAUGUCGUGAUAUCUGUCUUGCUACGACAACUCAAAGAUAUUUCUGAACGCUUAGCGGACGUGGAAAGCGCCAAAAAAGGGAUGAUACAAGAUUUGACAUACAUGACCAAACGAUUGGCCGAUGUCGAAAACGCCAAUAAAGAGAUGACGCACGAUUUGUCCACAUUGAAAUUGAGUGAACAGCGUUCAAUAGACACGUCCAAACGCUUGGCCGAGACGAACGUCAUGCUGGAAAACGUCAAGAAAGAGAUGGCCCAAGAUUUGUCCAAUUUGAAAAACGAAUUGGCACAAAUGAAGAAGCAAGCGGAAGGAUCGAAGAGCCAGCCGAACGGCAAUGGGCAGAACUUGGACGAUAUCCAAACCCAAGCCGAUCUACUCGCAACUCCAUUUCAAAAUGCCACUAUCGACUCUGGCGACGAGGCAACUGCGUCAGCCAGAUUUUGCAACUGCCGAAGGCUUACGUCUGUCACCGAUACUUUAAGCAAAGAUAUGGCCGAGCAAAAGUCAAAGCUGAAAGAUUUAACUGCAAAGAUUGACGCUGCCACCUCUACCACCCCUGCCUCCUCUACCUCCUCUAGCACCUCUACCACCUCUACCACCCCUGCCACCUCUUACGUCUCAAAGACCAACGGCAAAAUGCCCAGUUCUUGUGCAGACCUCGUGAAACUGGGUUACCAACAGAACGGCAUCUUUUCCAUCAUGGGAAACAAAGAGGUGGAAAGCGUUUACUGCGACUUCACGAAAGCCAGCAGCGAUGAAGAUUUUCAGAAAAAGAUCGGCAUCGUCAACAGGAAAACCACUCGCGUUUCCUUCCACGCACAACGAAGUACGGCCUUCAAACAACCUGGCACCGUUUCAUUUGAGCUGUUAGGGACAAACGAAGGAAAGGCCAUGACAGAAUCGGGAAUCUUCACCGCUCCCACCCCGGGAACGUAUUCCUUUGCUUUGUCGGGUGUUGGCCUCGCUAGUGUGCUGAUCAACUUGGAGAAGAUGGGCGCGACAGAAGCCGCUUGGUCCAACGUUGGACAAACUUCUGGUAUGGCCGGCACCCUAAUACCCGUCUCCCUGAGGUCAACUUUACGCCUGAACAAAGGUGACCAAAUCAGACUCAACUUGGUCGACGGCAUCAUCGCCGAUGUACCCGAACAUCGGACCAAUUUUGUUGGUUUCCUACUCGACGAGGAUUUGUAGGGCCGACCGUGUUGACAUUUACAAGCGGAGGCGCUGUGACUUGAAAACGGCCACAAUUCACUUAUUUAUCACUACAUUUGAUUAGAUGACCUCUUAGUUUGCAAG